AUGCCCCUCACAAUCCUCUCCGCCGCACAGGUCCGCGCAUUACUCCUCUCCCUCUCUCGCGACGACGUGCUCGCCCUCCAACAUAACCUCGCCGACGCACUGCGCGAAUACUCAACCGGAAGCCAAGAACAAGGCUGCUCGGCGUCAUACCAACCACACCGAACCGCGAUAACGGGCAACGAUGGAAAAACCACAAUCUUCAUGCCGGCGAGUACAGGCAAGACGACGGGUGUCAAGAUCUUGUCUUCACCGUUAACAUCAUCCGUGACCGAUAAGCCUGGGUGCACGACUAUAGGACAGGAGUUUGCGAAUUCGAGACAGUCGGCCAAGGUCUCGUUGUCGUUGGAGGAGUACUCUUCUAGACGGUCGAGUAGUUCGCUCUCGGCCGAUGUGAGCUCCAUGUCAUUGACACCUUCGCACGAUGAUGACGCUGGGAGUGUUGGUGGUGACGACAGCGAAGUCGAGUCCGGCUCAUUCUCGUCGUCGACGGGUGGCGCGCCAAGUAUAAACCAUCAGUCAUUAAGUUCGCAAUCGGAUAGCCUUCGAGCAUCGAAGCCAUAUAUGGGAAGCGUCCAACAUAUCUCCGGCAAAGCAUGGCCACCGAUGGGAGCCCGCGACUCAUCUCCUCGCGGCACAUUAACACUCGUCGGCCAGGACGGUCUCCCCAUAGGGCUCAUCAGUGCACAGGAUCUGACAGCAUUCCGUACGGCACUAACAUCACUCCUCAUCUUCAACAAACGCAAACAUGUCAAGACAAUCACCGUCUUUGGCGCCGGUAGACAAGCAUACUGGCACAUCCGUCUUGCUCUCCUCCUCCGCGGGCCUGAAGUGAAGCGUGUAUACAUCAUCAACCGCUCCUUUGACCGCACCGCAGAACUUCUGCGAGACAUCUACGCAGCUGAAAACGCCUCGUGGCGCUCUGACGUCAAGUUCCAUGCUUUCAGCAGCGACUUUGUCGAAUAUAACCGUCUUUCACGCGAAGCAGUCCGCAAAGCAGAUGUUAUCUUUUGCUGUACACCGUCCCUCGAACCGCUUUUCCCUGCCGAAUUUCUCACGUCAACCGAAGGCCGGCGCAAAGGUCGACUCAUCGUCGCUAUCGGAUCGUAUAAAUCGCACAUGACGGAACUACACCCGGACAUCUUGAAGAAUGAAGUCAAACCCACCACUUCAAACACGCAUCAUUACCACAAACAUGCCCAGAGGGGAGGUGUUGUGCUAGUAGAUAGUCUCGAAAUGUGUCUACAGGAAGCCGGCGAGAUCGUGCAGGCAGGCUUGGGACCCCAUCAACUCGUCGAGAUUGGUGAGUUGAUGAUUAUGAAACAUGCCGCGAGACUGGGGAUUGAGCAGCAAAAGGAAGGGGGCGAGAAAGGCCUUCAGAAGUGGCUGGAAUCUGGAAAUGUGGUGUAUAAGAGUGUGGGGCUUGGGCUUAUGGAUCUAGUCACUGGUGGAAACCUGAUAGAUGUUGCGAGGAGGAGGGGCGUUGGGACUUUUAUUAAUGAUUUUGAGUGA